UCUGGUGAGGAGCGCGAACGCGAUGCGCUGAAGGUAGACAGCAAUCGUCGGAGAGAGGUCGACUCCCAUGCAAUGUCAGCUGCAUGUAGGCUUUAAAAGCGGACUUGAUAUUUUCGUUAAGUCAAUUUAGUAGAAAUGUAUCUGGGGAUUAUAUCCCCGAAGAAGACUUAUUUGGCAUUCAAGUGGGGAGACGCAUUCCGCAACCAAUGUGCGUAUUUUCAUGUUUCCAAUUGCUAUUUUUAAUGGACCUUAUGUUUAUGUUAACAAAACAGACAUGAAAUUAGUGUAUUUUCGUCCUUGAAUAUACUAUCCUGGGAUCAAAUUUACAACGGGACGUCAUGGAUUGGUUUAAUUCCAGUGGAAUUGAUGCGCUUCCGUUUAUCCAUCUUAAUUCCUCCUGGUCUUUGGAUAGUGGAUAUUCCUUGGCGACUAUAGCGGGAGUAGCUGCUCUCGUAAGUUUUCUAAUAUUGUUCACAAUUGUCGGGAACGUAUUGGUUGUUAUAGCAGUGUUAACAAGCCGCGCACUGAAAGCUCCCCAAAAUCUCUUUUUGGUAUCGUUAGCCACAGCGGACAUUCUAGUCGCCACUUUGGUGAUGCCAUUUUCAUUGGCGAACGAACUUAUGGGAUACUGGUAUUUUGGAAAAGUUUGGUGUGGCAUUUACCUGGCUUUAGACGUCUUGUUUUGUACUUCAUCCAUCGUCCAUCUAUGCGCAAUCAGUUUGGACCGCUACUGGUCCGUAACGCAAGCAGUCGAGUAUAAUCUCAAACGGACCCCGAAACGAGUGAAGUGUAUUAUCAUCAUAGUAUGGCUAAUAUCUGCCUUCAUAUCAUCUCCCCCGCUGAUUUCAAUAGAUAGCAACAAGGACAAAACUUCUCAACCACAGUGUGAACUCAACGAUGACACGUGGUACAUUCUCUCAUCCAGCAUUGCAUCAUUCUUUGCUCCUUGCCUAAUCAUGAUAUUGGUGUAUAUCAGAAUAUACCAAGUAGCAAAAACCAGAACCAGAGGCAUGUCAGAGAAAAAACAAGCACAUAAUGGAUCUACCCAGACUGAGAACGACCUUAGCAAACUCAACGGAGACAGAGAGAAUGGGCACUGCCAAUGCCCACCUACACCCAGCCAGCGCACUACCAUCGGGCACACCACCGAGGUGGAGGACCUGGAGGAAAGCUCCUCUUCAGAGGGGAAAGGUCACAAACCUCCAGAUCUGAACCCAAAACGGGCCAAGCGGGUGAGCCGGAAGGAAAGUUCCCUCUCCAAACACUCCAGCCGCAUUUCACGAGCCAGUAACAAAUCCAUGGACCUCUUUGCCUCCAGAAAGAAAAGGAGGAGGAGCUCAGUAUCUCAGAAAAAGGUUUCCCAGGCCAGGGAGAAGAGGUUCACCUUUGUGCUGGCGGUGGUCAUGGGGGUGUUUGUAGUCUGCUGGUUCCCCUUCUUUUUCAGCUACAGCCUGUAUGGAGUAUGCAGGGACUCCUGCAAGAUCCCCGAGCCCCUAUUCAAGUUCUUUUUCUGGAUUGGUUACUGCAACAGCUCCCUCAAUCCAGCUAUUUACACCAUCUUCAACCAGGAUUUCAGGCGAGCCUUCCAUAAAAUUCUUUGCAAGUCAUGGAAAAAGUCAUUUUAGAUAAAUGGACUUUGUUCUCACAGUGCGAAGGUUACGAUGAUAAAUUGAGAACUUUGUAAAAUCUAAAACUGAACUGCACACCAAAUGUGGUUAAUCUGAGAGUCCUUGGUCAUAUUGCUGUUUCCAGCCUACAUUCUGUAUUUGCCAUUCAUGUGUGUGUGUGUGUGUGUGUGUACGCGAGAAAAGGUUCUCUCGGCAGAGUGCUGCUCAAUGCUUUAAUGUGAUGACGUUCAACACUCCAACGCCGUACCUUUUCAGCCAAAGUGACAGCAGGUGGUCCUUCCAGCUUUCCUCUCGUUGUUCUAAUGUAAACUUACAAGGGACUUAAGCUUGAUGCAUCCGUUUUAAUAUGUUGUCUUGUCAUGCUCAUUGACUCCCAAGUGGACCCAAGGGAUACAGUAAAAUAAAAAUUUAAGGGGCUGAUAUCAUUUUUUUAAUGGUGUGGUUCAAUUAAGUUAUUUAUAG